CCAGCUUCAUGUGAAGACUCCUUCUCCUCCAGCAGCACAAAGCAACAUCCUUCCAGGAUGAUUUUAUUCAAACAAGUGGGUUAUUUUGUUUCCUUGUUCGCUACAGUUUCCUGUGGGUGUCUGUCUCAACUGUAUGCAAAUACCUUCUUCAGAGGUGGGGAUCUGGCUGCCAUCUACACCCCGGAUGCCCAGCACUGUCAGAAGAUGUGCACAUUUCACCCCAGGUGCCUGCUCUUCAGCUUCCUCGCCGUCAGUCCAACCAAGGAGACAGAUAAAAGGUUUGGGUGCUUCAUGAAAGAGAGCAUUACAGGGACUUUGCCAAGAAUACACCGGACAGGGGCCAUUUCUGGUCAUUCUUUAAAACAGUGUGGCCAUCAAUUAAAUGCUUGCCACAAAGACAUAUACGAAGGACUUGAUAUGAGAGGGUCCAACUUUAAUAUAUCUAAGACCGACAGUAUUGAAGAAUGCCAGAAACUGUGCACAAAUAAUAUUCACUGCCAAUUUUUCACAUAUGCUACAAAAGCAUUUCACAGACCAGAGUACAGGAAGAGUUGCCUGCUGAAGCGCAGUUCAAGUGGAACGCCCACCAGUAUAAAGCCAGUGGACAACCUGGUGUCUGGAUUCUCACUGAAGUCCUGUGCGCUCUCAGAGAUCGGUUGCCCCAUGGAUAUUUUCCAGCACUUUGCCUUUGCAGACCUGAAUGUAAGCCAGGUCGUCACCCCCGAUGCCUUCGUGUGUCGCACCAUCUGCACCUUCCAUCCCAACUGCCUCUUCUUCACAUUCUACACGAAUGAGUGGGAGACAGAAUCACAGAGAAAUGUUUGUUUUCUUAAGACAUCUAAAAGUGGAAGACCAAGUCCCCCUAUUAUUCAAGAAAAUGCUGUAUCUGGAUACAGUCUCUUCACCUGCAGAAAAGCUCGCCCUGAACCCUGCCAUUUCAAGAUUUACUCUGGAGUUGCCUUUGAAGGGGAAGAACUGAACACGACCUUUGUGCAGGGAGCAGAUGCGUGCCAAGAGACUUGUACAAAGACCAUUCGCUGUCAGUUUUUUACUUACUCAUUGCUUCCCCAAGACUGCAAGGCAGAGGGGUGUAAAUGUUCCUUAAGGUUAUCCACGGAUGGCUCUCCAACUAGGAUCACCUAUGAGGCACAGGGGAUCUCUGGUUAUUCUCUGAGACUGUGUAAAGUCGUGGAGAGCUCUGACUGUACGACAAAAAUAAAUGCACGUAUUGUGGGAGGAACAAACUCUUCUUUAGGAGAGUGGCCAUGGCAGGUCAGCCUGCAAGUGAAGUUGGUAUCUCAGAAUCAUAUGUGUGGAGGGUCCAUCAUUGGACGCCAAUGGAUACUGACGGCUGCCCAUUGCUUUGAUGGGAUUCCCUAUCCAGACGUGUGGCGUAUAUAUGGCGGGAUUCUUAAUCUGUCAGAGAUUACAAACAAAACGCCUUUCUCAAGUAUAAAGGAGCUUAUUAUUCAUCAGAAAUACAAAAUGUCAGAAGGCAGUUACGAUAUUGCCUUAAUAAAGCUUCAGACACCGCUGAAUUAUACUGAAUUCCAAAAACCAAUAUGCCUGCCUUCCAAAGCUGACACAAAUACAAUUUAUACCAACUGCUGGGUGACUGGAUGGGGCUACACAAAGGAACGAGGUGAGACCCAAAAUAUUCUACAAAAGGCAACUAUUCCCUUGGUACCAAAUGAAGAAUGCCAGAAAAAAUAUAGAGAUUAUGUUAUAACCAAGCAGAUGAUCUGUGCUGGCUACAAAGAAGGUGGAAUAGAUGCUUGUAAGGGAGAUUCCGGUGGCCCCUUAGUUUGCAAACACAGUGGAAGGUGGCAGUUGGUGGGUAUCACCAGCUGGGGCGAAGGCUGUGCCCGCAAGGAGCAACCAGGAGUCUACACCAAAGUUGCUGAGUACAUGGACUGGAUAUUGGAGAAGAUACAGAGCAGCAAGGAAAGAGCUCUGGAGACAUCUCCAGCAUGAGGAGGCUGGGUACCGACGGGGAAGAGCCCAGCUGGCACCAGCUUUACCACCUGCACUCAAGUCCUACUAGAGCUCCAGAGUUCUCUUCUGCAAAAUGUCGAUAGUGGUGUCUACCUCGCAUCCUUACCAUAGGAUUGAAAGUCCAAAUGUAGACACAGUUGCUAAAGACAGCGCCAUGCUCAAGCGUGCUUCCUGCCUUGAGUAACAGGAACGCCAAUGAGAACUAUCCAAAGAUUACCAAGACUGUUUGGAAAUAAAAUGGUCAAAGGAUUUUUAUUAGGUAGUGAAAUUAGGUAGCUGUCCUUGGAACCAUUCUCAUGUAACUGUUGACUCUGGACCUCAGCAGAUCAGAGUUACCUUCUGUCCACUUCUGACAUUUGUGUACUGGAACCUGAUGCUGUUCUUCCACUUGGAGCAAAGAACUGAGAAACCUGGUUCUAUCCACUGGGAAAAAGAGAUCUUUGUAACAUUUCCUUUACAAUAAAAAGAUGUUCUACUUGAACUUGA